AUGGGUCGGGAGAAGUGGUGCCAUGGGAUGAUCCCAAAUACAAACCCAUCAAGCCAGGAAAGAGAAACACUCCCCACAGCACCCGAUCUCGAGGCGAACCAGCCGCUUCUUUUGUCGCGGACGUCAACUCUCCAAGAAACUUCACGCAGACAGUCAGUAUCCGACUUCCCGUCAGACAAAAGAUCACAGCAACGUCGGAGAUGUUUUUGGCUGGAUUGGGAUCGUCGUGUCAACGCGCGAGUUGUAUCUGAUGCCAUCCUGGGACUUUCAGAUGGACUCACGGUCCCAUUUGCUCUCACUGCCGGUUUGACAGCCCUGGGGGAUACCAGAGUUGUUAUCUUAGGAGGGCUCGCAGAGCUGAUAGCUGGGGCAAUAUCAAUGGGACUUGGGGGAUAUGUUGGUGCUAAAAGUGAAAUUGAAUCAUUUAACGCCACAGAUCGCAACUGUAACGAACUUAUCCUGCACGAACCGCAGGCCGCAAGGGAUUUUAUCCAGGAGUAUUUCGGACAAUUUGGACUGUCGGCAGAGGAGACGAAACGAGUGGCAGAUCACAUGGAAGCAUCAACUCCGGUGCUCAAAGACUUUCUCAUGCGCAAUCAAUUUCAAGCCUCGAAGCCAGACACGGGUCGACCGUAUCUGUCGGCACUCACACUGGGCAUCAGUUAUUUCAUCGGCGGCUUCAUUCCCCUGAUACCAUAUUUCAUCGUUGCCCGUGAGAAUGUUCUGGCCGGAUUGUGGUGGAGUAUUGGACUUAUGGCAGUUGUGCUACUGAUUUUUGGAUAUGUCAAGACAGGAGUCGUUCGGGGAUGGACUGGCAAGGAAAAUUACCAGGCUUGCACCGGAGGAGCGUUCCAAAUGCUGGUUGUGGGUGUUAUUGCCGCUGGCGCUGCAGUGUGUUUGGUGCGAUUGAUCAGUGGCAAUUGA